AUGUCUUCUUACCCAGUUACCAACGGUGUGAUCACGUUUCUGCCGCCGCCGGAAGGAUACGUCGUCGACUUUGACAAUCCUCAACAGCAAGAUGCACUCAAACAUUUCCUUAUUUUCGGCAUCCUAGGGUCUUUAGCAAUUCUAUGUCUGUUGCAGAGAUUAUAUGUUAAGUAUUACAUAACCCGCGGAUUGAAGAUUGACGAUGGGUCAAUAUCAAUCGGAGGCCUAUGUCACCAUGCAUGGGAAAUGCCCAUUGAUGUCUUCGAAAAGCAUAUGCUUAGCUCUUACAUCGCCGCCCCAGCUUUCAUCAUCUGCAACGGUCUCACUAAAAGCUCGCUCCUGACUUUCUACCUUCAAGUCUCCCCACAGAAAUGGUUCAGAAGAUCCAUCUUCGUGACUAUCGCUUUCGUUGUCCUAUACACUAUCAUUAUUGCCAGUCUGCUGCUGUUUGGAUGUCAGCCAAGAGAGACAGCAUGGGACCCUUACUUGUUCGCUAGCGGAAAGUGCAUUGACUAUGCUGUUAUGUACAUCAUCAUCGCUGUCGCCAAUAUCAUCUCGGACAUCGUUCUCUUCGCCAUUCCUAUGCCGAUGAUUGUCCGGUUGAAGAUGCCGCUGGGGCAGAAGAUUGGCUUGGGUAUUAUGCUCGGCAUUGCUACCAUAACUGUCACGACAUCUAUCAUCCGCAUGAUAUAUCUACCCUCCCUCUUAGGAGCGUUAGAUAUUCCAUGGAUCGCAGCCCCAGCAAACGUCUGGUCAUUCGUGGAAGUCAACCUCUUCAUUAUAUGCGGCUGCAUGCCGACAUUCCGCAAGUUUUCCAAGCGCUUUGCACCGAAAUGGAUGGGCUCUUCAAGCGACUCAGGAAGUUCGGAACCACCUUCCAACGAUUCGCUGCACAAAGUACAGAGGAAGAAGCACACAGGGUACAGCCAGUUCGACACAUGCGGUUCUUUGGAGCUCGCGGCUUAUCCUGACACCGUGAGUCGAACGACGCAAAUUACCACUGGAAGUAUUUGCAGCGGAGUGAUGGGGAACACACUGGAUAAUGCAAGUGAGGAAGCGAUAUUGCAGCCAACAAAGAUUGUGUGCACAAAGACAUACAAUGUGUCACAUAGCGAAUAA